GGGCCACACUGGCGGGUGGCUGUGUUGCUGUUACCCAGCACUAUAACAGAUGAUCUGCUUUGGCUUGAAAUUCGCAAACAAACAACGACUUAAAAAUGCUGGGGGACGACGAUUUGGAUAUCUAUGAGGAUCUAGAAGACUUCCAAAAAGCCGAGGAUAAAAAAUCCGAGCAGCUGCUGGCAUGGGAAGAAAAACACAAAAGUGCGACUGUCGAAAUAGAAGCCUUAAAGGCGGAGAAUAAAGCGCUUGGGAAAAAGAUUAAAGUCAUGGAAGUCAAUCUGCAGAAUCUACUCGACACUGCCAAGGCGGAAAUGAAGAGGAAGGAGGCUCUAAUCGACCAGCUACGAAAGGAAAAAGAUGAUAUUUGCUUUAGACGGAAGCGAGCUCCGAUUGACGAAGACUUAGCCGCCAGGGAACACCACAACAAACGCCCGAAACUGGCCCAAACGAAAGAAGUUUCUCGGAAAGAAACCGAAGAGCCGAAGAAUCCAUUUAGGGCGCGUUCGAAAGAAGACAAUAAAACUGAGAAGCCAAAGUCCAGAAGCAGUUCCCCCAGGCACAGCCUUCACAAGAUCAACAAUGACAAGCCUCGUUCACACGCUCGACAUUUCGAAAACCAUCAAAGAUCUAGAGACCGCCGACGUAGCCGCAGUCCUAGGCACGAAUCCAGCCGGCACCGUGGGAAGAGUGGCAGGGAAAGCCGAAGGCGUAGCCGCUCUCAGUCGCCAGGUCCAAAAAUUCAGAGACCAAAGUCCCAAACUAUAACCACUCUAUUCGGCGACGAACCCAUCUGUUCAGAUAACGAGAGUCCCCAUUCAGAGGUGGCCAAGAAAAUGCUAGCUAACAAGGAUCCGUCGACUCCUGUUGAACUUUACACACCCGAUUCUGCCGUCAAGCCACAGUCGACUAAGCAGGCUAUUCCAAAUGAAAGCGAAGACACUGCCGCUGUGGAUGGCUACUUUAAAAAAAACACUGGAGUUGAGGCGAAGCCGACAGAAACAGAUACUACUAAGUUAUGUGAAGGAUUCUUCUCCUCGGUUUCUAAAUUAAUGAAUCUUCCAAUUCCCCCGCUUAGUUUAUUUCCUGAUAAAAAUCCUAUGGAUCCUAUUCACAAAGUAAUUGAGUUACAAAAUGAUGUUCCAGAACCUGCCAAGCAGGUUGAGAAUGUCUGCGUAGUUACUGCCAGCGAACAAAAAGAUUCGAGCAUUCAAGAUGAAAUACCUCCAGAACUAGAUUCGACCGCUAAUGCCCACAACGACGAGAAUCCUGAACCUGGUAAAGAGUGUGAAAUUAAUUCAUCCAACAAUGCCGAACAGAAGGAAAUAAUUAAUGAGACGGCUUGUGAAUCUAUUAUUCAGGAUAGCAAGUUAUCAGAUAUGCUUGUGGCUCAGGAAUUGACGGUCAAUGAGACUAUAGAUGAGACUGUUCCGAUGGAAUUAGAAUAUGAUAUCUACGAUGAUCUCGAUAAAUCAAAUGCUCCCUGCUUUUCGAAAAGUAUAGGUUCCACCAUUAUAGAAGCUCCUAAAGUAAAAGACGGGAGCGAGUCACCAAAAAGAACUGACGAAAAUGACGAGGGAAUCCAGAUUAUUGAAAAUAUCCGAUUGCCUGAAAUAGCGGAUAUAGAAAAUAUUGCCUUUACAGUCGACAAGAAUCUACAAGACCCGGAAAGGAUAAAAACUGAUAAAUUUGAGAAAUUAAACGAAGAUAUCCAGGAACACGAAAGGAAAGAGUCCAGCUACAGCAGGGAUGAAGCUUCGACCAGGUCUUCAAUAUUAUACGCUCAGCCAGACUCUACAAAAAUCGACCACAAUGAUGACGCCAUCCUAGAGAAUGCAAUGAAUGAGUUAACUGGGGAGGUGGUGCCCCCAGGCAACCACAAUACCAACUACCUAAACUUGAGCCUCGAGGAAGAUGCCAUUGAGAUGGCACUAGAACAACUUCAUCAAUCUUCGCCAGACGAAACAGUUGUUACUUCAACCUCAACUAAGGCGCGACAAACUUCUAAAGAUCUAAUUGCGAUCUUGGCCCAAUCUCCUCUUCACACCACUCCACUUAAAGCGAAGAGUCCACUAAAAACACCAGAAACGGAAACACCCGUCAAAACUCCCUUAAAAAAGCGAAGAGUCAACUUGUUGGAGAGUGCUGAAAAGUCUCCUAGUCAGGAUGCACCCGUGGAGGAAACAAGCGGAAGCCUUAGCUGCACAGACGAUUCCUCUAAUGUCACCAAACGCUUUUCGAUGGGCCACACAGACUACCAGUUUGAACAAAUAGAGAAUGAAAUCGUUUUACGCGUUAAACGCCGAAGUCGCCGGCCACCCAGAGCGCCUAUUGAGCCAAAAACGAUUCCAUCAGAUGGAAAGUCUGUUUAGAUGCAAGCAACUGUGUAUUAGGUACAUUUAUGUCCUAGCCUUAAUUAUAAAUAAGGCUAUAUUAUAUUUACAUUAUAAUUUUAACUUAAAACGAUAAAUUUUGUUCAUAUUUAUAAAAAUACAUCGGAGUUGCGUCACAGGUUAAACGA